CCAUUUCCGCCGGUCCUCCCUUCGCCAAGCCGUCGGCGACUGCUGCAGCACAGCCUCCUCCCCCUCUCCUCAUGGCCGACCCCUCCCCCUCCCCCCCCACGGCGGCCUCCGCCAGCGACGCCCUCCUCGCGCCGGACGCGACCCUCCCCGCCGCCGCCCCCGACCUGGACAAGGAGUUCGGGUUCCAGCGGGCGGAGCUCGGUAAGGAGAAGCUCGCCGGGACGGUGGGCUUCCACGAGCGCCACGUGUUCCUCUGCUACAAGGGCCCUGAGGAGUGGCCGUCCCACGUCGAGGCCUCCGAGUCCGACCACCUCCCCCGCCUCCUCGCCGCCGCCAUCAAGGCCCGCAAGCCCAAUCUGAAGAAGAGCACCAAACUGACAAUUUGUGAAGGAGAAGAUGGCACUGAGUCAUCUCUUGGAGAUGUGUUGAUCUUUCCUGAUAUGAUCCGAUACAGAGAGCUGACCCACCUUGAUGUCGACAACUUUGUGGAAGAAGUACUCUUGAAAGAUACUGAAUGGCUUCCUGGAUCUCCUGAGGCUAUAAAAGGUUCCUAUGUUUUUGUCUGCUGCCAUGGAAGCAGGGAUAAAAGGUGUGGUGUUUGCGGUCCUGCUCUGAUUACAAGGUUCAAGGAAGAGAUUGAAGGACAAGGUCUUGAUGGUCAGGUGGCUGUUAGUGCAUGCUCACACGUUGGAGGUCACAAGUAUGCAGGAAAUGUCAUCAUAUUCAGUCCAGAUGCCAAGGGAGAAGUGACUGGUCAUUGGUAUGGUUAUGUUGCUCCUGAUGAUGUGCCUGUGUUACUGCGUCAACAUAUCGGACAAGGAGAGAUUGUGGGCCAUCUAUGGAGGGGCCAGUUGGGCUUGUCUGAAGAGCAGCAGAAGAAAGCUCUGGAGCUUAGGCACGCGACGAAUGGCCUGACCGAGGAAAAAUCAAGCGCCAAAGAAUCCCCUGAAGCAAAUGGGACCAACGGUGCUGCUUGCAACCCUGCACCUGCAGGUGGAUGCUGCCAGGGCAAUGGAGGAGGGUUAACCUGCUGCCAAAAUGAUCUGCCAGAAGCAAAACAGGAUAAGAGCAUUCCAGCUGAGCAGAACCACAAGAGCUCUACGACAGAGUGUGACAAAGAAAACGUUGCUGCCACCAAGAAGGGGCGCAUGAAGAUUUGCCGGGCAUCCACCUGGUUCGAGACCUGGGACAGGUCCGACACCUACACCACUCUUGCUGUUGUUGCUUCUGCUGCAACCGUGUUCGCCGCGUUCAGGUGCUACAAGGCCAUGAACUGAACCCUGAGAAGCAAUCCUCACAACAAUGCCAGGUUCUGUGCACCAAGGACAGUCUACCAAAGUAAAACAAUCUGAUUUGAGAAUAAUAUACUGCUUGUGCAUAUCAAGACAAUAUGCGUUAGGACUUUAGAAAGUAGCUGAUCUGGAGAUGGCGAUGAAAAUCUGUUAUGCGUAAUGUCCUCAUGUACUACUAAAACUCGUAAGUUUGAAGUUUCCCUCGCCUUGGCUGUAUGCCUGUGGCCGUGGUGUUCAGCGUGAUGAUGAUGUUAUGCUCGUUUGGUUGGAA